AUUGCAUAUAUUUGUAUCCACUGGAUGCAGUUCGCAAUGAAAACACAGCUUUUUAAACCUUUGUCAACCGUGUAUUCAUUCCCUGCUUGCCAUCUUAUGCUUCAUACAUAUGCAGGCAUAUUCACUAUAUCAAUCAAACUUCGAAUAUGAGCGACCGUGCUUGACUUAUGAUUGUUACUGUCUACACGCGCCUCUUCCUCCCACUCUUGAAUCAAUCACGCCUUUAUCAUCUAGAAAUUAAUGACUAGAAACCAUGGAUCGACAUGUCUUCAAUGUUCAGCCUGCUAGCAUGUUUGUGGGCUCCAAAAUUGCCACUAUUCGACGCCCGAAGGAGAUUGCCUGUUUUUCAUAUGAUGAUGAACACCGCUUCUCUCGUGGUACAUCAUCCUUGCGUUAUUACUACCCACCACGGCUCCCAGCGGAUUUAAAUCAUGGGUUUGAUGUCUUCCAAAAGUUGGAUGAUUCGGCAGAUGAGCAUUUAGAUGCCUUACUGGAUACUAUUAUUGCCCUGGAGAAAGAGACAGAGACGAAAUGCGAGGCGGAUAUCAUUACAUGGAGAGGCAUGAUGACCAAGAUUCUGACUGUCCCAUUUGAUCAUAUGAAUGGUUUCGAGAUGAACGCGACAUGCUUCCAAGGCACUAUUUUUAUCGAGGAGAAUAACGCAUACAAGAAUGAGCAAAAGCGUAUCCAACGGAAUCAACAGAUGCCAGUUGGAAUGGCUUCGCAAGAUCUAAUGGCAUACUGGGGCUAUAAAUUCGAAACCUUGUCUGUUCUCCGAGAUACUUGGGACGCAACGUCUCGCGAAGAAAUCGAAACUCGUGAUCAACAAGUAGUCAACAACAACGCUCAGUAUUGCUCUGUCGUCCGGACUGGAAUAGGUGGCGUGCGGAUAAUCCUCGGUGGCGAGGUUGACGCUGUUUGGGACUGUAAGCCUGACAGGAAAGAGGAUCCUAUCAAUUGGGUGGAAUUGAAAACGACCGCAGAGAUACGGAAUGACCGUGACAUGCUCAAGUACGAACGCAAACUUCUCAAAUUCUGGGCGCAGUCAUUCCUCCUCGGUGUCCCCAAGAUCAUUGUCGGAUUUCGUGACCAACAAGGUAUUCUCCGCCGUCUUGAAGAGCUUGAAACUUCAAGUAUACCGGUUAAGGUUAAGAAGCACGGAAAAGGCGUUUGGGAUGGGAACAUCUGUAUCAACUUCGCAGCAGAGUUUCUUGGAUGGCUAAAGAGUAUCAUCCGUGGGAACGGCACGUGGAGGAUUCGCAAGCGAGAGAAAUCUUCAGUCGUUGAAGUCUUUAAGAUCGAGGAAAGUGGAUAUGGGGACAUAAUCUCUCCAGCCUUUUCAGCUUGGCGAUCUAAGACUGGCAUGCUCAAAUGAUUGAAUUUUUAUUUUUAUUUUUUUCAUUCGUCUUCUUAGCAUCCGGAUGUCACCAGCCAAUUGGAGAUAUCCUGCGUGGACAUAUCGAAUAAUAUAAGGGGUGCAAUGACCUCCUGCUUUGGGACAUCAUGCUAGAGCAGACUGGAUAUCUUUGCACUCUUACUACAGCGCUAUACUUCUGCAUGUUGGAGGUGAUGAAACUACCAACGUGCUAAUAUAACUGGGUUGGGUUCUCCAGGCACCGAAGCAGAACAUUUCAUCUGCAACCCUGGUAUCAUUCCUAGUGGUUUCCACCUUAUACAUCUUCGGUGGAUGGACGCUUCCCUGGAAAGCCUAACUAAACGUAUCUUCCUGA